AUGGGAAAAGAAGUUAAAUUAAAUUUGGACUCUGAAAGAAGGGAAGGGUUUGAAAAUAAAUCUUCUCCUAUGGCAUAUACUAUGAAGCCAACAAGAGAACAAACAUGUGUACACAUUGGAAAACAACAAUGUAAAAAUGGAGAAUGUGUAUUGAGUAUCAGCAUGUGUCCUGAGCAAAAUAACAUAAGCCAAAGUACAAUGUUAAUCAUGGUCAUUGUGGGUCUGACAAUUGUUAUAUUCCUCAUCAUUCUCUACUGCUUACAACAAAGGGGACGCAACCGAAUGCAAAGCUUAUCUGCAGAAUCACAUACUGAUCAAAAUUCCUCAGGAGAAGUGGACAAUAAUAUUGACAACUUAUCCUUAUAUCUACCUCCUCCUCCUUAUGAAGAGGUUGUAUCCAGCAGUAUUUACCCUAAUACACGUAUCAUGCAUCAACGAAUGAAUUCCUUCACUCUAAAUGUCCCACCCACUCCACCACCAAACUACAAUGCAGCCUUAAAUAUCUUGGCUCGCAGCCAGGAGAUUGUCUCUACAAAAGGUAAUCAGAUUCCUUCCACUCAGCAAAAACAGCCAAGUAUUCGUCGGUGUCAGUCUGAAGAAGUUCUCAGUCCACAUCUACUACCAGAAGCAUCUCUAUUCACCUUUACUCAGAUACCACAGAUGAAUGAAAAUCGGUAG